AAGCUUCAAGUGAAAAUGUUCUAUCAAAUGGAUUUCUUCAAAUAAGUUACUUGUCUAUAGCAUGCAUUUUAUCAAAAAUGCUCACAACUGCGCUUUAAAUUUGAAGCAAGUAACCUGUAUGAAGAACCUUAUAUUUUAAACAUUAUCAGUUUGGCGUACGACAGGAACACAUCUCGAGGACAAUUACUGUAAGCUUUAGCAAGAAAUGGUGCUCUUUUUGUUACGGUUGUACGCGUGUGCAGUUGUCACCGGUUUAUAUGCAACAUCAACAGAAAGCACAAUAACUUUUCUACCAUUAAAAGGGUACAUUGAUUUACUUGAAUGCACAUCAUCUUCAGACGGCAUUGCGUUCGAUUUUACCAAAGCCUCCAACAACGAAACGGUAAUCUUAGCAGAAUGUAUACGCGAUGCAAAAUCCUGCACGUUAAGAAGCGAGGAUAAUUAUGUCGUAUCUAAAAUUGACAACGGUGCGUUACUUGAAAUUUUGAAUCUUAGUGAUGAAACGUAUGGCAACUACACAUGUUUCCAAAUCAGUCAACGAGAAAACGCAAAGGGCAUUUAUGUAGGAUACACAGAUGAAACACAAUCAAAUGCAGUAAAAUUCACAAAAAUACUUGGACGCAAUGAUGUACUUGAAUGUGAAUUAAACAAUUCAAUUUCGUUUAAAUUCAAAAAUGCUUCGAGUGGGAAAGAGGAUGUCAUAGCGGAGUGUGUUCAUCAUAACUUGGAGCCAUGCUAUGUAUCUCGCAACAACAACUUUAAAGCUAGAAAAACCAUAACUGGUGGCAUACUCGUCAUAAAACAACUCACAAAAGAGUUCGAAGGUAUAUUCACUUGUUUCGAAACAAAUAAUAAGCGAAACAAAGCGCAAAUAAGGUUCAGAAUGAGUGAAGAAAUUGAACCAACACAACCAACAUCAACACUUGCAAAAGUCGUAUCGACUAAAACCUCAGAUGAUGCAUUAAAUACAGGUGUCAUCAUCGCUUUGGCAGUUAUUGGAGUAUAUGCUGUAGUCAUUACCGUACUGCUAAUACAUUACAAACACCCGCAAAUUGGUUGGGGACCUUAUUGCAGAACAAAAAAGAACGAGGCUGGCAAUGCCAGUGUUUCGAUGGACACAACGCAGCAGCGUCAGAAAGAAGACGACAAUGAAACUAGCUGUAUGGCAAAGAAAAGGGAUCCACAUGAAGAAUUACAAAUAAAGCUUUUGGACAAAGGUUUGCCGAUUUAAAUGAAGAAGGAGGAAUACUGCUUUUAGCGAAGUAUACCAGUUUCGAAUGUAUGGGUUACUUCAAUAUUUCGUUGUAAUGACAUAAGCUUGAUAGCUUACUCAUAAAAUUGUCAAGUGUUCGUAUCUUUCAAUUGAUUAAGCUUCAAAGGUUCCAGGUAUGUGGUGUAGCAUCGGAGAUCCCCUUUAUCGCUUAUGACAAUCAUAGAUAACUGAUUUAGUAUAGUUAUUUUUGCAAAUAAUAAAUAUGUAUUAAAAAUAUGGCCGAUUGUAUUAAGACCACAAUUUGUAACAAACAUACAUUUUUAACGCACCAUACUCACUUCUUUAUGUUUCAUUAAACAAAAUGUCUACCUAAGCAUUAAUGAAGCAGAAAAAUAGGGUAUGACGUGCUAUUACUGUUUGGUAUAAUGAGCAUUAUGAACCUGUAAAAGGCAAGACGGGAUAAAAUAAGACAUAGUAAAAAGUGUGUGUUUCUCACAGCAAGGUGUAAUGUAAACCAAGUAAUUAUGUUUUUCGUUCAUUGUCUUGUUUGUAUACAUGUGGUAUAUGUGUGUUUUCUCUUAUAGGAACAGUAAUUGUUACUUAAAACCUGUUUUGCUCAUAAACAUGCGUAUUUUGUGUUAGACAAGUGUUAAAGUUGAAAUGUUCGACUUUAUUGUUUAUCUUUACGACGAUACUUUCAAUAGACCGUGUCCAAUAACUGUCGAACAUAAUACCUUUUAUUUUGUUUUAAGUUUGUCAGCUUAACAGUCAUCAUUUGCAAUAACAGAGAUUAUAGUAUGAAUGUCUAAAAUCGCAUUUGUUAUCCUCGCAUUUGUCCUUAUCAGAGAUAACGAAACAACUACAUUAAAUCAGUUUAAUGCGAGUGUACCAUUACGAUUCUUUACGUGUAUUUAUAUUGUUGAAAAUAUAAUACAAUGACUUCACUUUAAAUCAAUACGAUUAAAGGUAUAUUACACUUGGAAAAGUCUGUGAACAUUGAGACCAAAAAAGUUCAUAUAAUUACAUUUUUUUUCGGCUAUUAAAAUACGGAAUUCUCAUAAAAUUGCAGACAUAGAAAUAUAUCAUUUGGAUUUCACAAUUCUCAGUUUGAAGUAUGUCAGUUCAAGUAAACAUUUAUUACAUCAAACAUAAUAUUGUAUUGAUUGGAAUGAAAGGGGCAACACAAAUUA